UGUCGCAUGUGCUAAGUGCUGUGUGCUUGGAGAGUACUUAUAUGUAUAAGGUACAUAUUAAGUCAUACUUAUAACUCGCAGCUGCCAACGUGCCAAGUGUGCCAACACGCGGUUAUAUACGGCUGGACGUGGACAACGGGGUGUGCCUACCUAUACGUUCACUGUGUGCAACACGACGGCACAACUCGAGAGAGAAUAAGCGCGAGAAAAGCGCGUGUGCGGUCACCCCUCGAAUACGUCUUUUAAAACACACGUAGAAGCACACCUAACCCAGCUUGCUCGCAAUAAAUCCUUACACCAAUAAGUAUUGAGUACCUACCUAUUCCUUAACGCAUUCUACCUGUUUGCUUUGCCACAGGUGCAACCUGUGUGUACCAUAAUUUAUUGCAUGCGAGUAUACGACUAUUGUAUACUUGCACGCUCGACACCCCCGCUAUACUUAUUGUGCGAAAGAUACGUAUCGCACACGCGAAAAAUCAGGAGAGGAGGUGAAUGUAAGUACAACAUAGUGCGGAAAAAAAAAGAGAGCAGCAGCGGCAAUAACGGAGAGAAAAGGAGGAAGAGAGCCAGCCUAGCGCAGCAACAACUCUUGAGAAGGUGUCGCGUGUUGUGAGUGCGUUUUUGAAGUUAUUUAUUUAUUGGAUCCAAGAGCAGAGAGUCGAGCCAUCCCUGGGAGCCUCGUUACCCACGUCGACCCGCAGCUCCCCGAGGAAGCCGAGUACGGUCGAUCGAAGCCAAUCGCGCGGGCUCUCGCGUGCGUCGCGCCAUUUUGAAGCCUACAAGACUCCGCUUAUACUUGUUCUAUACUCUUUCUCCUCUCUCUUUCUCUCUCUCUCUCUCUCUCUCUCUCUCUCUCUCCCCGUGUGCGUACCCUUGUUGCCUGCACGCCGUGCCCGAGAGCUCCUGCUGCAACCGGUAACCUGCUAUUAGCCAUCAACUCUUCGCCCGGAGGUCGCCGGCUAUGCGCUUGGUCCGCAAGCUCCGCUGAUCUACGCUGCUGUUGUGGCGUGUGUUGCUGAAGUCUGCCUGUUGAGGAAGAAAGAGGGGCAGCAGCUGGGUCCAGCCUCCCCCUGAGGAGCCCCAGGAGCUGAGAAACUGUGCGGCACGUAAAGGCAUACAUGUCGUCCGCGACGAUGACGCAACAAAACAAAACCAUGAACUUCCUCAUACAGGACGCCAACGGGCAAGUUAUUAAAGUAGUUUCAACUACACCAAACAAGAGCUUAGGUGGCAUUGUUGGAGCUACUAAUGCUAACCUCAAGGUUUUCAAAACACCUGGUCAAGAGCCUCAGUUCAUAUCUUCUGGAGGACAAGUUUUAAGAACCAUAAGCUUUCAGAAUCCAUCAAAUACUGGCCAAAGAUUGGUGACAAUACCUAUACAAGCUGGAAAAGUACAAAGUAUGUCAUCGAUGAAACCUAAUGAUUCUCUAGUGACUAAGACAAUUCAAGUAUCAGCAUCUCAACUUCAACAAAGUGCCAAUCAACAACUGAUGAAAGAUGCUUCUGGCAAAACUUACAUCAGCCCAAUCCUUGACCACACAGGAAAUAGAAAGCGUCACGACACAGAAGGCAGUGACCAGCUAAUUGAAUAUCCAUAUAGUAAGCGUAGAAAGACAGAAAAAGUCGGUAAGGGCCUUAGACAUUUUUCAAUGAAAGUUUGUGAAAAAGUGAAACACAAAGGGACUACUUCAUAUAAUGAGGUAGCAGAUGAAUUAGUGGGGGAAUUCACAAAUCCAUCCCAUGCAAAUUCACUGACUGACCAGGUAAAAUUAAUGCAAUAUGAUCAAAAAAACAUCAGAAGAAGAGUAUAUGACGCUUUGAAUGUCCUGAUGGCUAUGAAUAUUAUUUCAAAAGAGAAGAAGGAAAUCAGGUGGUUAGGUUUACCUACCAAUUCUAUUCAGGAAUGUAAAGAAUUAGAAAAAGAAAAGAAGAAAAAAAUUGACAGAAUCAAGGCAAAAACACAACAAUUGCACCGGAUAAUUUUACAACACAUUACUAUUAAAAAUUUGGUCGAACGAAAUCGCGUCAAUGAAGCUAUAUAUGGUCCUCCCAAACCAAAUUCAGCAAUUCAAUUACCAUUUAUUAUUAUUAAUACCGACAAGAAAACUGUUGUCAAUUGUAGUAUUUCCAACGACAAAACUGAGUACCUGUUGAACUUUAAUGAUAAGUUUGAAAUUCACGACGACGUCGAAAUUCUCAAAGAAAUGGGGUUGGAUUUUGGUACGUAA